AUGAUCACUACCCUCGCCUUGGUGGUGAAAUGCAUUACCAAGGGGGUCGAACCAGGGCAGAUACAGCUGGGCCACGAGAGCUUUUGGACCCUCAUGUCCUCCCUGUUGUUGGUGCUGCUGGUCAAGAUCCUGCUAUACGAUGUUCACAUCGCGGACACGAAGUGGCAUGCAGUUCGGUGUGAGACCUCGCAACUGCGCCCAGCAGCAUUUCUCAGCUUGGUUCCGGUGGCAAUGGCGGGCGUGAUGAUGAUGGCAGCCGGCUCCUUCUUGGUGCUCGAUGACGAGUUCAAGGACCGAGCGGCCAGUGCAGUUGGGAGCCGAAAAGCUGGGCAGAGCUUCUGCCAAGGCUUUGGUGUUUUGCUGCUCUCUGUGACUACAAUGCGGAUGCUUCACAACGAGCCACACGUCCCAGCCGUGAGCUGCAACAAGCGGCUGUGGUCAUGUGGAAGGUCCAAGUUGCUGUGCAGCUGCUCUUCGCAGCCUUGUCUUUUAGCUUAUCGGGCAGAAUCACUGGCAAAGAAGGUCUCUACCUAUGCGUCAUCCUGA